AUGGUGUCUGUUGCGACAGACUAUAUCAGUGUCGGUGGAAACCGACACGCGGGUGCCGCGGAUUGGGACGUCCAGUCCGGUGUGCUUGCCUAUGGAGCAGACAAUAACGUCGCCUUGUGGGAACCUCUGGAAUCUCCCCAACGAGGUGUCUACGCUCUUCUUGUUGGCCACGCCGACAAGGUCAGUGUCGUUAAAUUUUACACAUGCCCCUCCUCCGGAGCGAGAUUGAUCAUUAUCGGCUCCGUUGAUCACACAAUUCGACUAUGGCGCCAAGAUCCGACCGAUUCGCGAAAAUAUACCCAUCUAUCUACACUCGUGGGCCAUACAAGUUCUGUGAAUGCGAUUGCCGUGGCAGACGGCAGUGAUAUCAUUGCAUCGGGUGCCGCAGAUGGAACAGUUCGGAUUUGGAGAAUCAGUGCGCUGGAUGAGACAAAGUCGGAGAUGCUAGAUACAAUCACGAUGACGCCUCGAUUUUUCCCAUUGACUCUGGCCCUGCGAACUCUCGAGAACGAUGUCAAAGGUGGUCCAUUAGUAUUGGCGGUUGCCGGUACCACGACCAAGGUGCAGAUUUACGUCGCAGAAGCAUCAGUUGACAAGCCCAUUUUCCAGCGUCGUGCUAUCCUGUCCGGUCACGAAGCUUGGGUCAGAUCCCUCUCCUUCACCCAGGACAAGCAGAACGACAACAACGAUCUCCUACUGGCUUCGGCCAGCCAGGACAAAUAUAUCCGUCUGUGGCGGCUGCGUCGAGGUGAAGCAGACAUCCCUGCAGUCAUCGAUGAUGCCGACCCGCUACUGGGUGGAAUGGAGCCUACGCUCUCCAACAAGGCCCAUGAAUUCGAAGCGAAUGGCUCAAAAUAUACGGUUACAUUCGAAGCUCUUCUGUUCGGAAACGAAGACUGGAUCUACACUACGGCGUGGAACCCAGACCCAAAGCGCUCACAACUCCUCACAGCUUCUGCCGACAACACAGUAACAAUCUGGGAGCAAGACACAACAUCGGGCGUGUGGAUGUCGGUAGAGCGAAUGGGUGAGAUUAGCGUGCAAAAAGGCGCAACCACAGCAACUGGAAGCGCCGGUGGUUUCUGGAUUGGACUUUGGUCUCCAGAUGGCAAACAGGUUGUCAGCCUUGGUCGAACCGGUAGCUGGAGAGCCUGGCGCCAUGACGCCGAAGCAGAUAUUUGGGUGCAGCACUUUGGUAUCUCCGGACACGUACGUUCGGUCAAUGGAGUUCAAUGGGAGCCGAGUGGUGGCUACUUGCUCUCCACUAGCUCAGAUCAAACGACCCGCCUUCAUGCUCAAUGGCUGCGCGAUGAGCAACGAUCGUGGCACGAGUUUGCCCGACCCCAGAUUCAUGGAUACGACCUGAACUGCGUCGACACAUUGGGCCCAUUACAAUUCGUGUCUGGGGCCGACGAAAAGUUAUUGCGUGUUUUCAACGAGCCUAAACAAACUGCCGAGCUGCUGGAACGACUGACCGGUUUCAAGCAAUCCGCCAAGGAGGAACUUCCCGACACGGCUGAAAUCCCCGUGCUUGGCCUCUCAAACAAAGCACAAGGAGAUGAGGCUCCAGUCGAAGAUGACGAGGAAGGAGGAGGCUCCGCUGCCGUGCCUGUUACAUCUUUGGUCACAGACACCCCACCUUUAGAAGACCACCUCUCCCGACAUACGCUGUGGCCCGAACACGAAAAGCUCUACGGUCACGGAUAUGAAAUUUCCGCCGUUGCGGUUAGUCACGACCGAAAGGUCAUUGCGACUGCCUGCAAGGCUACUUCUCUUGACCACGCUGUUAUUCGACUGUACGAUACAUCGGACUGGCAUGAGAUUAAACCCUCUCUCACAGCCCACUCCCUAACCAUUUACGACCUAUCCUUCUCCGAUGACGACAAGUAUCUUCUCAGCGUGGGCCGAGACCGCCAAUGGGCCGUCUUCGAACGCAGUGAGCAGGACCCAACCCUAUUCACGAAUCUGGCCUCGAACCCCAAGGGCCACUCUCGAAUGAUUCUGGGAGCAGCAUGGGCUCCGAAAACCUCAACCUCGGAUUAUAUCUUUGCCACGGCUGGACGUGACAAAUCCGUCAAAAUCUGGCAAAGGUCCGAGGACGGAACUUUUAUCUGCAAGUCAAUGAUUGCGCUGGCAUCGCCCGUCUCGGCUAUUGAAUUCUUGCCUGCGGUUUAUCAGGGCUCAUUCAUUCUUGCUGUUGGAGAGGAUAGCGGAGCACUUUCCAUCCACCAAAUCGCGGUUGACAGCCUGGAAGCACAACUUGUGGUGAAUAUCGAUAGCACCAUUGCGCCUUCAAGGUCGAUCACACAACUAGCUUGGCGGCCCGUGACAACGGAGGAGGCCAACAGUAAGACGAAGUUUGAACUUGCUGUCGCUAGUGAAGACACUUCGGCACGCAUAUACACCAUUUCGAACAUAGUUUCAUGA